GCCCAUUGCUCAGGAGCCAAUCCUGAGGCAGGGAGGCAGGCGGCGCCGGGCUGGGAAGAGGCGGGUCGCCAGGCCUUGUUGGUUGGCCGCGCUCAGCGCGGGGACCGGGCGAGUGGACGAGCGGAGCGGCGGAGCCGAGUGGGAGACCGCGGAAGCCCAUGCGACGACGGGUUGGUCCAGACUGUGGGUGGCAGGGAGUGAGAUCCUCCCCUCUGCUCUAGCACAGACCGGCUUCUCCCGCUGCCUUCCGGUCCCCAUGACAACGCCGCCUGGAGCGGGGCGGGGCGGAGCGGAGCGAGGCGGGACCAACUGGCUUUGAGGAGAAACCCUGAGCCCCUGGGUCUUCUGAGCUCCUCCGUGCUUUUUCCUCUGCGAGUCGAGCCUUCCCUCAACCUUGCGGCCUUGCACACCUAAAGGGCGAUCAGUCUUCGGCGGCCCCCUUCUCUUCGGUGAUUCUGUGCCCUCCCGCCAAAGCCCCUGUUGUGAAACACGUUUUGGACUCCUUGUUGAUAAUACACACAGACAGCCUCCUUUGAGUCCUGGCCCCCAUGACAUCCAAAGACGAAGCUAUGGUGUCCUUGCCAGUUUCUCCCUGGGAUGCCAUCCUUAAGGCUGCCAAGGACCAGCUGCCAUCUCUGGAUUCAGACUCAUCCCUGUCUGACUGUGAGGAAGAAGAACCCUUCAUCUUUCAGCGGAACCAGCCCGUCCUGAUUCCAGACCUGACUGAGGAGCUGGCUGAAGACCCUAUUGGUGUCGAUGAGUCUGGGACCUGGGUUACUACAAGGAGGCGUCCUUCACCUGAGCCACUUCUGGUUCCUGGGAGAUUAGCCGUAGAACCCAGAAGUGAUCGGAUCGUAAGAUCAGAGGACUUGACCCCUCAGGAAAGAAGAGGCCCUGGCUGGUCUGGCUGUCUCCAGAACAGCCCAGUCCCUGUGGAUGCUGAGGAGGCACACAGCUGGCUGGAAGGCAGCUUUAGAAGCUCAUCUAACCCCAGAGGAUCACAGAGUCCUCCACAGUAUUCCCAGGGAGAAGGAGCCACCUUUCAUUUGGAAGGAGAGCUGAACACAGAACCCUCAGAUACUGAUUUUAGAAACUCUGCAAAGUGCAGAGCCCUCCGCAGGGAGAGGAGGAAGAUGAUAGAGAGAGAGAUCCUUCAGAAAGUGACCCAGGCUGCUCAGAGCCCAGCCUGUGGUGACCAAAGCCAGGCUGCAGAGGUAGAACCCCGGCUAGAAGCUACCUUGGAGCAGUCUCGGGAAGGUUGGCCAGUUCUCUCACUCAAGCAACUUGAAGGCUGGGACUUGGAUUACAUCCUUCAGAGUCUGCCAGGGCAGCAAGACAGCCAGGGUGACAGUACAUCCAGAAGUGCAUGGUGGUUAGCUGACCGCUGCCAAGACCAAGGGCACAGCACUGGACCCUCCCAGGACAAACUCCUGGAACAGCUGGCCCUCCUGUGUACCACUCAGUCUACCUGGAAAGCAUCUGCUGACAAGCUCCGACACACUGAAGAGCAGGAGGCCAGAGUCAGAAGUGCUUCAUCGGAGCCUGAUUUUGAAACUGAUCGAGUCCAGAAGCUAGCAGAGAGUAGGAGGGUGAAGACAGAGCCUCCCACUGUCUUCAUCGACCUGCGUCAGACAGAACCAUCAGAACCACAAGAACAUCAGUCCCAGGAGAGCUCUGAACAUAGCUCCUCUGACAGUGAGGAGGAAGAAGUGGAGUCAGGCCCAGUACAGGUGACAUCUUCCUGGGAACAAAGGUACUGUACCGGGAAGAGUCAGCUUCUUCAGCAGCUGAGGGCAUUUCGGAAGUCGGCUGUUCCACCACAGCUGUCUGCCAGUGACAGUCCUGGAGGCCAAGAGACUCAGGCCCCAGAAGAUAUAGCUGGAUCACAACCUCAGAGAAAGAAGCAUAGAAAACUCUGGGCUGAGAAGCAGAAUAUCCUAGACCUAGGGGACCCUCUUAGGACACAGCUGCCCCCUGGCUUGGGGCAGCUGUAGGCAACUCAGGUAAAAGACCUGAGAAGCAGGUUGGGUGACAGAAUUUCUACCCACUCAGCCCUGUUUCUAACAGCAUGGGCCUCAGGGCUGGGACCCUCAGUCUAGACCCCACGCAGCCAGUUUAAGCAUAGUUAAACUUUUGUUGUGGUGUUGGGAAUUGCAUCCAGGGCCUCUCCCAAGCCCAUAUUUAAACAUAUUUAUAGUUUCCUAUAGAAAAAAAACCCCCAGGUUCCUGGAUUCCUAGCAUUUUAUGUAUCCAAGUUAACACACCCAUAUGGAUUUGAUGGAAAAGGGAGCAAAAACUGAAAUUUGCUUUCUCUCUCUUUUUAACCAAGACACAAAAGCACACAUAGGUUUCAGGCCACUCCAAAUUAAAGGUGGCACCAAUCUUUGCUACUCUGAA